UUCCCUCUUGUUACACAGUUUUUGUUUUGUUAUAUCGCAGCUGCCGGUAAAAUUAUUCCAGUCUUUUGUAAGCGCUGAGUAGCGAGUAAUCUGCGAAUAUAUGUAUCAUAAGUGUUUAUAGCAGCACAAAGUAAAUAAUGAAGCUUUCGGUAUUCUGUGUUAUGUGGAUUGGUAUAUUCUCUACAGAAGUAUGCUGUUUUCCUGACAAUCGAAUUGAGGAAAGGCUUAGUUACGUACAGCAUAUUGUAGAUGACCUAAGAAGAGAACUUAAAACUGAAGCUGACUUCAGACGAGAAGAUAUCGCAACUUUGUAUGCCAAAUUGGCAGGGUCUUUUGGACUCGGUGCAAAAUUUCUCGAUGGACAUCUUUUCGGUAAUAGAAAUAGUCGAAUGCAUUUUUCUGAUGAUAUUUCAACAACGAACGACCAACUAAAUAAUUCUAUGACACAGUUCAGAGAAGAAGCGGUAAAAAUAAAAGAACAAUUACUGCUGGAAAUAAAACACAUGGAGGACAUUUAUAAUCAAAAGAUAUUGUCACAAUCGGAGGAAAAAGCACCCGAUUUCAGGAAAUCAAGUCUGAAAGUGAAGUCUUUGAUACAGAGUAUGAACACAUCUUUGGACAAUUUCACAUCUCAUGUAAUGAAUUAUACAAGUACGUUUCAGAGAUUUUACGACACAUUUGCAGAGUCUCACGAAAAUACAGACAAAACAAGGACGAAACGACCUACAUCUUGUAAAGAUGUUGCUGAGAGCGGGAUUCACACGAUAUAUCACGACUUUAAGCCCUCAGGAAUUGCUGUAUAUUGCGAGAUCAAUGACAACAAGGAUUGGAUUGUAAUUCAGCGUCGCAAAUAUGGAACGGUUGAUUUUGAACGGUCUUGGGACGAAUACAAGGCAGGAUUUGGUGAUAUGAAUGGUGACUUCUGGCUGGGUAACGAGUAUAUGUACCAACUAACUAAAUUUCAAUCGCGUCAGUUGCGCAUAGACAUGCAGACAUUUGAAGGGAAGAAGGUUUGUGCGAUGUAUAGCGAGUUUGGUGUUUCGUCAGAGGCUGGCAAAUAUACCCUGAAGGUUGGAGGAUACAGUGGAGAUGCUGGUGAUAAGUUAGCGUAUCACAAUGGACAGAAGUUUUCAACGUACGAUGCACACAAUGAUGGUAGUAGUGGUGGCUGUUGUGCUUGCAGUAAUGGCUGGUGGUAUAAUAACUGUUAUCAUUCUCGGUUGAACGGAAAAUACUACUACAAGCAUGAGAUAUCAACUUCAGAUGGAAUAUAUUGGGACGGUUUGUCGGUCGCACUGAAAUACGUAGAAAUGAAAAUACACUAAAUCGUGGUACUCAUAAUGUGUUUUUUUGUUGUAUUAAUACAUGUUUAAAAACAUUUCAUUGAUUAACUGCAACAGCUGUAGAUUUUGAUCUAACAUGUGUAUUGCAUGCUAGACUUUGAACGUUUUCUUGACAAAGCUUUUAUUAUGUGUGUUGUGCCUUCAAUGACGAGGUGAUAGUAUGUUCAAUAAUGUCACAAUAUCUCAGAUGACUAAAACUACAUGUACAUGAGUGAUAAAGUAAUGUUUAUGUACUUGAUCAUUUUAUAACUGUAUAAAAUAUAUUAUACACUGAAUAUUGUCUUCAUAUAUACGUACAAUUCUUAUUAUAACAUUGGGAAUUUCAUAGUAUGUGUCAUGUCAUUGAAAUGUUCGGAAUAUUAUUAUUGGAAACACUGAAUGAUUAUUAUAGUUGAUACAUAAUAAAUGUAACGUCUUGGUAUUGUUGCUGUUGCACUGAUCCAAAGCCCCGAAAUUCACUGUUUAACCAAGAAAGCUUGCGAGCAAACACAUAUGAAAUCGGACCAUCAUUUCCAGACAUCUUAAUGUCUGUUAUUGUCUUCCGUUCCUUAAGGAUGGUCACUUCAGAAGAUUGUAUGCAGCAAGGAACAAACAAACACAGCUUUAAUACUCAAGUUCUAAACAAUAUCCGCCAUUUUUAUAUUUUUAAGUGAACUGUCAUCUAUUCGUUAAACAGACAUUCCUUUAUUUUUGAUUAACAGUUUGAUAAUAUAUAUAUCAAUUAACUGCAAUAUUAUGAAAGAAAUGGUUUGGUUUAAGAAAGGGCAGCCUUAACAAAAUUUGCUUACUGAAACGAAUGUUAAAUCUGUGCAAGUAAAAUAACAUCCACGGCCACAUGAUUUGUGUGGACAUUGCUCAUGACGUUAUUUAUACGGCGAUUUUCACCCUUUUUCAGAUUGAAGUAGGGGAGUUGUCAGUUACUUGCAUAGGUAUAUGAACUUAGUACUGGUAAACCAGAUAACCUAUGAAAAGUGUAACUUGGUUAAUUGACCGGCGAGAUAUGACUGAAAGACUGUUUAAACGGCUUUGAAAUGCGAGAAAAUGUCUUAUAUAUAUAGUAUACAUUAUAUAUCGUUCACAAAGCCUAAAAGCUUAGGAUAAUGUAAUACUUGUUGCAGUCAUUAAAGAACGUUUUAAAAUUAUGUGGUCAUUAAAUAUUAACCUCUUCGAUGUGACAUUCUAACUAAAACAUGUUGUAUUUCAUUCCGUUUUAAAUCGAUCUUUAUUCAAAAUGAUGUAUGUUUUGUAUUUAAUUGAAAUGAAUGCCGUUAUUGCAUAUGUAUGAAUGAUGUUAUUGCAUAUGUAUGUUUAUGACGAAGAGCUGUAUAUAUGCUUAGGUCAAAAUAAACUAUUAUGUUCUG